AUGCCGUGCCGGCAUCAUGCCAAUCCUAAUGCCAACCCUAAUGCCAACCCUAAUGCCAAUGCCCUCGGCCUACCCACAACGACGACCACUACCGGUACUCCCACUACUUCCACUACUCCCACUACUCCCACUACCUCCACUGCCUACAAGCAUGCUACGCCCUUAUCUCACCGCAAAAUACCUCAUACGACCACUAGCUUUUCCAUUUCGUCACAGCCUCCGACGGACCACACGACGCCCACUCCUGGCCACGUCCUUCGCGCCAUGGCAAGUCUUGGCUUUUUCAAUAGUCCUUGGGCUCAAAGCUUAAUUGAGAUGGAUUGGUACUGGAACUGGAACUGCAACUGGAACUGGAACUGGGUGGCUGUCGACUCCGCCGAGAAGGGUUGCGACUGCGAGUCUUCCUGGAAACGCUGCUCCCCAAUGGGUGAGAAGAGACUCCCGUAA